AUGGUUUUAGCCGAAUUAGGUAGAAAAAUUACUGAUGCCUUACGGUCUCUCAGCAAUGCGACGAUUAUCAAUGAAGAGGUGGUUCAAGCUUUAUUGAAGGAAAUAUGUGCUGCUUUACUGGAAUCAGAUGUCAAUGUUCAAUUGGUUAAGCGUUUAAGAGAGAACGUAAGGGCUGCCAUUGAUUUUGAGGAAAUGGCUGCUGGAUUAAACAAGAGAAGAAUUUUACAAAGAGCUGUUUUCAAUGAACUAUGCAAACUUGUUGAUCCUGGCGUUAAAGCAUGGCAACCCACUAAAGGGAAAAACAAUGUCAUCAUGUUUGUAGGGCUACAAGGUAGCGGUAAAACUACCACAUGUACUAAGAUGGCUCAUUAUUAUCAAAGGAAAGGGUGGAAAACUUGCCUUAUAUGCGCUGAUACAUUUCGAGCAGGUGCAUUUGAUCAGUUAAAACAAAAUUCCACCAAAGCAAGGAUUCCGUUUUAUGGAAGCUAUACCGAAAUGGACCCAGUGGUAAUUGCGCAUGAUGGUGUCGAAAAAUUUAAGAAGGAAAAUUUCGAAAUAAUCAUCGUCGAUACGAGCGGCCGACAUAAACAAGAAGAUUCCCUAUUUGAAGAAAUGUUACAGCUUUCCAAUACUAUUACACCUGAUAACAUUAUAUUCGUAAUGGACGCUACUAUUGGACAAGCUUGUGAAGCACAAGCAAGAGCAUUUAAGGAGAAAGUCGAUGUUGCUUCUGUUAUCAUUACUAAGCUAGAUGGACAUGCUAAAGGUGGUGGAUCUCUUAGCGCUGUAGCUGCAACGAGAAGUCCCAUCAUUUUUAUUGGUACCGGAGAACAUAUUGAAGACUUUGAGCAGUUUAAAACAAGGCCAUUUAUCAGUAAACUCUUAGGUAUGGGCGACAUUGAAGGACUGAUAGACAAAGUCACUGAAUUGAAGCUAGAUGAAAAUGAAGAAUUAAUUGAAAAAUUAAAACAUGGUCAAUUCACUCUUCGUGACAUGUACGAACAAUUUCAAAAUAUUAUGAAAAUGGGUCCAUUUAAUCAAAUUAUUGGUAUGAUUCCUGGAUUUGGUCCUGAAUUCAUGAGUAAAGGAAAUGAACAAGAUUCCAUGAAGAGACUAAAACGACUGAUGACAAUUAUGGAUAGCAUGAACGAUGAAGAGCUGGAUAAUCGCGACGGCGCAAAAUUUUUCUCUCGCACACCUGGAAGAACUCAGCGGGUAGCACGAGGUGCUGGUGUAUCCAUUCGAGAAGUACAUGAAUUGCUGUCACAACAUACUAAAUUCGCUCAGGUAGUGAAAAAAAUGGGCGGCAUCAAAGGCUUGUUUAAAGGUGGUGAUAUGAAUAAAAACGUUAACCCAUCCCAAAUGGCUAAACUUAAUCAGCAAAUGUCCCGAAUGAUUGAUCCACGAGUUCUACAACAAAUGGGUGGAAUGCCAGGUAUACAAAAUAUGAUGAGACAAUUUCAAAGCAGUGGAGGCAUGGGUGGACUUGGCGGUAAUUUAGCUAAUCUAAUGGGA